AUGGCUGACUUAAUGGUGGGAGGAGCUCUUCUCUCUGGUUUCAUGAAUGUCCUCUUUGACAGGCUUGCUUCCAAAGAGGUCCUUGACUUCUUUCGUGGAGACAAACUCAAUCAAAAGCUGCUCAAAAGGCUGAAGACUGUGUUGCUAUCAGCUAAUGCACUGCUGAACGAUGCCGAGGAGAAGCAGCCUGGAGACAACAACGUGAAGAAUUGGCUUGAUGAGCUUAAAGAAGUACUGUAUGAAGCAGAUCACGUGAUGGACAAGAUCAGUACUGAAGCUCUGCGACUCAAGAUGGAGGAAGAUGAACUCGAAAGCACAGCAAGUAAGCCCUUCAACUUUGUCUCUAAUAAUCCAUUUGAAAUAAGUGCUGUGAAAUCUGAAAUGGAAGAGAUCCUUGAUACUCUAAAGGAUCUUUUAGAACAGACAGAGUACCUUGGUUUGAAAAAAGUAGAGCUGAAAACAACAUUACAUAGACCACCUGCACCUUUGUUAGAUGAUUCUAAGGUUUAUGGAAGGGAGAAUGAUAAGGAGGCUAUUGUUAAGCUAGUAUUGUGUGAUAAUGUUGGUGACCAUAGGAUUGUCCUAAUUCCUAUAAUAGGGAUGGCUGAUUUUGAUGUUUUGAAAAUAACUAAACUUAUUUUUGAGGCAAUCACUAAAACAAGUUGCGAAGCAAAGGAGCUAUAUCAACUUCAAAAUGAAUUGAAAAAUGCUUUGAUAGGGAAGAAGUUUCUUUUUGUUCUCGAUGAUGUGUGGAAUGAAAAUUAUUUGUUGUGGGACUCUUUGAAAAGCUCUUUUCAAUCUGGCGAUCAAGGAAGUAAGAUCAUUGUGACCACGCGUAGCAAAGAUAUUGCUUUGAUGAUGAGGACGAUGCAUGUUCAGCCUUACGAGCUUAAAGAAAUAUCUUACGAAAAUUGUUGGAAGUUGUUUGCAGAACACGUCUUUGAUAAUAUAGGCUCCAAUGAGGUACAUCAAGACAUGGAAGAAAUCGGAAAGCAAAUUGUAAAAAAGUGCAAGGGUCUUCCUUUGGCUGUAAAAUCGAUGGCUGGACUUUUACGAUCUAUGUCCACUAGCGAAGAAUGGAGACAUGUACUGCAAAGUGAUGUAUGGGAGUUGCCCAAUCGUCUCAAACUGGGAAUUGUUCCAGCUUUGUGGUUGAGCUAUCGAUUUCUGCCUCCUUAUUUGAAACCAUGUUUUUCUUAUCUCUCUUUAUUUCCCAAGGAUUAUGAAUUUCAGAAAGAUGACAGAGAACAAAUAAUCUUAAUAUGGAUGGCAGAAGGUCUUUUACUACCUCAAAAAGGAAAAAGGAUUGAAGAUGUUGGAGAAGAGUACAUGAGUGCUUUAAUAUCAAGAUCAUUUUUCCAAAGAUCCAGACACUAUUUUCUCUGUAUGCACGAUCUUAUGCAUGAUCUAGCUAUGUAUGUAUCAGGUCAGUGUUGCUCUAUUUAUGAUAGUUGUAAUAACUUCCACAAGCUAAUUGGUAGCAAGACACGCCAUCUAUCAUACAUGAAAGACUUAAAAGAUACAGUAGAAUUUGACAACUUUUCUAGAGUGAAGUAUUUGCGCACCUUGUUAGCUUUACCAUUGCGAAAUACAUAUCCAUGGCAGAAUACACAAUUAAAGCUUGAAAUUGUGCUGAACGAUGGAGGAUGCUUAAGAUCACUUUCUUUGUCAGAAUCAUGUAUCACAGACUUGCCUGAUUCAAUUGGCAAUUUAAAACAUCUCAGGUAUUUGGAUGCGUCUGGCACGAAAAUUAAGGAAUUACCUCAUUCAGUUUGUGGGUUGUACAAUUUGGAAACACUCUUGUUGUCACAUUGUCGAAAUCUCACACAUUUGCCUACCAACAUUUCCAAGUUAGUCAACCUGCGUCAUCUUAUGACAAGAUGGACUCCUCUAAAAGAGAUGCCACCGAAGAUUUGUGAUAUGAUAAAUCUUCAGAGGUUAAGUAAUUUUGUUCUGUGUAAAAAUGAUGGGUCCAGGAUCAAAGAGUUGGGAAAGUUGGAUAAUUUGCAUGAACGCUUGGAGAUUUCAGGGCUUGAGCAUGUUAGAGAAGUGAGUGAUGUUUUGGAAGGCAAUUUGAAGAACAAAAAGUAUCUCAAUGAGCUCAUUCUUGAUUGGAACAGUGUGGCAGAUAGCUCAACAAAGGAAAGAGAAGUUCUUGAUGCACUCCAACCACAUGUAAAUUUAAAGAAACUCGUAAUCAGACGUUAUAACGGUACAAGCUUGCCAGAUUGGGUAACACAUCAAUCAUAUUGUAACUUGAAAAAAGUUAAGCUACAGUGCACAAAUCUUUGCUUGUUGUUGUUAUCAUUUCGGCGGCUAAGUUCACUGAUAGAUUUUCGUGUUUUUGGUGUUUCCUGUCUUGAUAUGCAUGAUGAAUUUCGUAGUAUUCCUUUGAAUAAGCCCUUUCCAUUCUUAGCAAGAUUAUGGCUUGAUCAUAUAGAUAUGUUGGAUUGGUCAUUUAUUAAUACAAGUGACGAAAGAUGUGAGCUUUUUCAAUGUUUAAAGCAAUUUGAUUUAGUCAGCUGUGGGAAGCUGAGUGUGGCGCUACCUAUGUGUAAUUUUCCAUCUUUAGAAUAUAUCAAUAUUUCAUCUUGCGAUGAAUUGGUAACUAUAUUUCCAACAAGUACUCACAUUGCCUCUCCAUAUCCUUCCCUCAACUUGUUGAACACAAUGCAUUGCUCAAGGUUGGAAACUUUUUCAGAAAUGGGAUUGCCUUUUACUUUACAACGUCUACGCAUCGCAUCAUGUGAUAAGCUCAUGGAAAACCGCAUGAAAUGGAAUUUACAAGGACUCCCAUCAUUGAUUUCCUUAGAAAUAUGGCAUUGUGGAGAAGUGGUGGAUUCAUUUCCAGAGGAAUGGCUGCUCCCACCAUCUUUAAGAAGUCUUAAGAUCUUUGAAUGUAAUAACCUCAAAGCUCUUAACAGCAAAGGCUUUCAACACCUCACCUCCCUUCGUCAAUUAGAUCUUCUUUAUUUGGAAAAGCUAGAGUGCUUACCAGCAGCAGGACUGCCCCAGAGUGUUACUUAUUUGUCCAUAGAAGAAUGCAGUCUGCUAAUUCCCAGGUGCAAGGAAGGAACAGGGGAAGAUUGGCCCAAAGUUCAACACAUUCCUAACAUACGAACUGAAGAAACAGAAUUUAAUAAGAGACAAGUAGGCGGCAGAGAACCACAUCACAUCGGGGCUGGUGUUGCCUUCAUUGGAAUCCUUCUCGACUUUGCUCUUCAGUCUUAUGAUGUCUUUCGCUCUUUGGUCUUUCAAUUUUGCUUUUGGCGAACAGCACCAACUCCCAUUGGGGAGUCUCCUAAUGGCUUGUGGAGUUUCCUUUCUUCUUCUCUUUACCAAUUGGGAUUAUUCAACAAGGCGCAACAAACAUGCAAUCCAAGGUUGAAUGUCAGUGUUUACAGAGUUCAUCAUUUAAUUAUAUCAGCAUCUCAGAAGCUCUCAUGCUCCUGGGUGACUUCAAACUAUGUAGGUCCCUACAUGAAGAUUUGUACCAAAUCCAUGUUCCUUAUUCAGCUAGUUGGCACAAUUAUUGGUCCAGUUCCUACUUUUCCAUGGCAUAUAUGGUGGUUACUUUCAACCAUUGAUCAUGUCAUCAACACAGAACUUGGUAAUGAUGUUUUCUACAAUGCCUCAAUUACAAUUUUCUUGAUGUCUAAUCCUGGGCUCGAGCAUUGGCUUGGUGUGAAAUGGUCAAUGAGGUAUCUCAAAGGUACAAGCACACAUGGUAAGGUGUACAAGAAAAAUGCUGGAAAGAUAUGGCUCGAAGGGUUUGUAGAUUCUGAUGUUGCUUCAAAUCAAGAUUCAAGAAAGUCUCUCACUUUCUAUGUUGUUACAAUAGUGGGAGCACAAAAGAAGAUCAUUUUGAGAGUUUUGAGAGCUUUGAGUGUGGUUGUACAAGGGGUUCUCGGGUUUGGUUCCAAGGGUACAGAAAGAUGGAUUGCUCAUGAUGAUGCUCAAACUGGAUGCUAA